CCCUAUCUGUACAAUCAAUGACAUAAAAGUCAGUUGCGAUUAGAUACAGUAUUGUUGCCUUUGUUGUUCAUCUCCAAGGCAAACAAGCCGGGUUUUGGAAGUAAAAUAGUUAGCUUCUCUGUACACAAGUUCCAGGAGCAAUAUGGCAGAUUUUACGGUAUCUGAACUAGAGCAUUUUCAUGCAGACAGGCGUAAGUUACGGUCUGCAUACAACGGGAUUCCCAGUCCUGCCCACAGUGCACAUGGAGUGCUUAUCCGAACAUCGCUUCGCAAACUUACCACAGAAAAAAAAGCAAUUAAAGUGAGAUUUUAUCGAAACGGUGAUCGACUUUUCAAAGGGAUAACAUAUGCUGUGUCGCCCGAAAGAUUUAGAAAUUUUGAGGCCCUAAUGGCUGAUCUUACACGAACCUUAGCUGAUCAAUCACAUCUUCCACAGGGCGUUAGGCAGAUAUUUACUGCGGAUGGAUCACGUAGAAUCCGCUCCCUCCAUGAGUUACUUCCCGGUGAAAGUUACGUGUGUGCUUCCCAAGAGGUUUUCAAGAAAUUGGACUAUACCAAGAAUAUUAACGCAACGUGGAGUCAUGGCACGCCACGGCACGAUAAAGACGGCCGUGACAGUCGGUCGUCCUCGCCACAUAAUUUGGUUACAGAAACUUCACAGGAAGAAAGCCGAGCCUUUAUCAAACCGAAACUCGUCACGGUAAUAAAAAGCGGCUCAAAGCCCCGUAAAGCGGCGCGUAUUCUCUUGAACAAGAAAACAGCACACUCUUUUGAUCAAGUCCUCACUGAUAUUACAGACGCAAUCAAGUUGGAUUCUGGUGCUGUUCGUAAAUUGUACACCAUGAACGGAAAACAGGUAACCUCUUUGCAAGAUUUCUUCAAAGAUGAUGAAGUAUUUAUCGCAUAUGGACAGGAACGCUAUUCUCAAGAUGAUUUUGAUUUGGGAGACAAUGUUAAUGGUACCGAUGGCGGAAGAACUAAGACACCAGAACACCCGUUUUCACCAAAGCUUUACAGGAAUGUGCAGUCUCGGAUUGAUAGUGGUCGCGGCAAAGGUUCAAACAAGUCCGCGAAGGAGGCACUUGCAGAGAGGAAGAAUUCCAUUGGCUCGCAAGGCUCCCCUGUCACUGUAAGAGCAGCAUCUACAAAGAAAAAAGAUGGUAGCAGUGCAUCAGGUUCAAGAUCAUCAUCCUCUGCCAGUAGUAAAUAUGGAGCAUCGGGAAAACUUAGAAAAGGUAGCGGACCGGCAAACAUCGCAGAUGAACACUUACAGAACGACGUGGAAGAAAAAAGACCGAGGCAACUCGAAUUGGACGCGGCCAAUGAAGACAUUCAGAAUAUUCCACCCGGACUCAUUGAGAAGUACAAAAUCGGACGAGUCAUCGGUGAUGGUAAUUUCGCCGUUGUCAAGGAAUGCACAGACAGGUCAACAGGUGAAGAAUUUGCUCUCAAAAUUAUUGAUAAGAAGAAGUGCAAAGGAAAAGAAAAGAUGAUUGAAAGCGAGGUUAGUGUUCUACGCGACGUGAAGCACCCAAAUAUCAUCCAGUUACUCGACGAAUAUGACGGGCCGAACCAUCUAUAUCUCCUUAUGGAACUAGUCAAGGGUGGAGAUCUUUUUGAUUCCAUUUCAAUGGCGACAAAGUACACAGAACGGGACGCAAGUUGCAUGGUCCACAACUUGGCUAGCGCCAUUAACUACCUACAUUCACUUAACAUUGUUCACCGGGACAUUAAGCCUGAGAAUCUUCUCGUCUGCGAACACAGGGACGGAACAAAAUCGUUGAAACUUGGGGACUUCGGUCUUGCGACUUUUGUGAUGAAACCUUUGACCACAGUCUGCGGGACUCCAACAUAUGUUGCCCCAGAGAUCAUACUUGAGACUGGGUACGGAGUUCAAGUUGAUGUAUGGGCAGCUGGUGUUAUUACAUACAUUUUGCUCUGUGGUUUCCCACCAUUUAGAAGCGAGAACAAUGACCAGGAGGAGCUGUUUGAUAAGAUUAUUAUUGGAAAUUACACAUUUAUAUCUCCGUUUUGGGAUGAUAUCUCUAACCUGGCCAAGGAACUCAUUAUGUGCAUGCUGGAGAUUGACCCUGAGAAACGAUAUACUGCCCUCGAGGUCAUGCAACAUCCAUGGGUUGCGGAGGACGGAGGAAUUGAACGUGACUUUCCCAUUGAGCUGUCGAAGAAAUUGAGCAUGAACUUUGACAUCAAACCGAAGCAGUCUAUGAAAUCUGCCGGCAUCGCUCUUGUGGCUGCAACUUCAUUAGAUAAAGAUAGUAAAUACUUCAAGCCAGCUCUGAACAGGAUGCGAGUGGAGGCAACCUCGGAAGAUGAGGAGAAUGGGAAUGAUGUUGAAGAGGAAGAUGACAGUGAUGACAAUUUUUGAGGAGGAUAAGAAGAAAUGACAUUUACCAAUGGACCAGGUUAGCAUCCAUCAUCUACUAUAUGACCUUCCAAGAAAUUCUCUGUCCAGGUGUCUUGUGGGAGUUUGUUCUUCCAUAAUUUUAAUUUAUUCAUAAGAAAAUUUCUUACAAAAAAUAUAUGGGAAGAGUGCAUUAGAAAAGUAUAAUUUGUUUUAAGUUUAUAAAUGUAUGUACUUUGGAAUUUAUGUCUUUUUUUUCUUUAAAUUUUUUGUCAAAGUGUAUUGAUUCCAAUAAAAUGCAUCCGCCAUUAUUAUUGUUGUUACUUAAAAUUGAUUUAUAA